CGUAAAGCGCCGUGCCGUGCGCGUCGGCGUUUUUGCGCCAGUGUCGCGUUCGAUCGAAGAUGGCGGCGGCGAUGGCAAUGACUGGGACGGCGGCGGGUCCGAGCCUCGGGCUGGCGGGCGGCUGCCCGGACUGGACCCACCAGGCGGAGAGCACCGGGACCACCAUCAUGGCCGUGGAGUUCGAGGGCGGCGUGGUCAUCGGGGCGGACUCCCGCACCACCACCGGAUCCUACAUCGCCAACCGCGUGACGGACAAGCUGACCCAGAUCCACGACCGUAUUUUCUGCUGCCGCUCCGGCUCCGCCGCCGACACCCAGGCCAUCGCCGACGCCGUCGCCUACCAACUGGGCUUCCACAGCAUCGAGCUGGACCAGCAGCCCCUGGUGCACACGGCGGCCAACCUUUUCAAGGAGAUGUGUUAUCGGUACCGUGAGGACCUGACGGCCGGGAUUCUGGUGGCCGGCUGGGACCGGCGCAAGGGUGGACAGGUGUAUUCUGUCCCCAUGGGGGGCAUGAUGGUUCGCCAGCCCUUUUCCAUUGGGGGCUCCGGCAGUUCCUACAUCUACGGCUUUGUGGAUGUUUCUUACAAGCCCGGAAUGAGUAAGGAGGAGUGCCUGACUUUCACAGCCAAUGCACUUGCCCUGGCCAUGGAUCGCGAUGGCUCAAGUGGCGGGGUGAUCCGUCUGGCUGCCAUCACCAAGGAUGGUGUGGAGCGCAAGGUCAUUCUUGGCAAUGAACUACCCCGGUUUUCCUCCGUCUGAAAUGGGUGUGUGGGUGGGUGGGAGGCGGUGUUGCCCCCGUGACACCUGGACCUGCUUCCAUCUCUCGGGGACGGGAAUGUCUUUCGUCUUUAUGCAUUUUUGGUGGGUAUUAAAGGCAAAAAGUCUCCCAU